AUGCCUUCAGCCAUUGACACCAACAUGAAGUUCAAGUUUUCUAUCCUGGCUCUUCUUCUGGAAGUGGCCAUCAUUAUUAUGUUCAGUUUAUAUGUGGGAUACGACAGCAGUGAUCAUGCUCAGGAUGCUCUAUACCCAUUCUUUCAGGAUGUCCAUGUGAUGAUAUUUGUUGGAUUUGGUUUCCUGAUGACCUUUCUGAAGAAAUAUGGAUUCAGCAGUGUUGGCAUCAACAUGCUCAUUGCUGCCUUGGGUCUGCAGUGGGGCACUCUAAUGCAAGGAUUUUGGCAUAUGAAAGGAGAGAAAAUUAUUAUUAAUAUGAAAAGCAUGAUAAAUGCAGACUUCAGCACAGCAGCUGCUUUAAUUUCAUUUGGAGCCCUCCUGGGGAAAACAAGUCCAGUUCAGAUGCUGACCUUGACGAUUUUGGAGAUCACAUUAUUUGCAUGCAAUGAAUAUGUUGUUACAGAAGUACUUCAGGCCACAGAUGUUGGAGCCUCAAUGACUAUCCAUGCUUUUGGAGCUUAUUUUGGUUUGGCUGUAGCUCUAGUCUUGUAUCGUUCUGGCUUGAAAAACAAGCAUGAUAACGAAGAGUCAACCUACCAUUCUGAUAUAUUUGCCAUGAUUGGCACCCUAUUCCUUUGGUUGUUUUGGCCCAGUUUUAAUUCUGCUAUUGCAAAUGACUCAGGCCACCGGACUAUAGCAAUUGUCAACACUUACUACUCCCUUGCUGCAUGUACUGUUGUAACAUUUGCCCUUUCCAGCCUGGUGGAUGAGAGAGGCAAAUUUAGUAUGGUUCUCAUUCAAAAUGCCACGCUGGCAGGAGGAGUAGCUAUAGGCACCUGCGCUGACAUGUCAAUCUACCCUUUUGCUGCCAUGUGCAUUGGGAGCUUUGCUGCAAUCAUCUCUGUCCUUGGGUUCAAGUUCUUGACUCCUUUAAUGGCCUCCAAGCUGCACAUUCAAGACACUUGUGGAGUCCAUAAUUUACAUGGUUUACCUGGAAUACUGGGAGGUGUUGCAGGCAUCAUUGCAACUGCAGUGAGAAACGAAAGAAGGGCAGCCGUCCAGUUCACUCCUCUCAUGCAGGCUGCUGCCCUGGGCAGCACAAUCGUAAUGGCACUGGCAGGUGGAUCAUUCACAGGUAGCAUUCUAAAGCUGCCCUUCUUGGGACAAGCAUCUGAUGAAAAUUGCUUUGAUGACUCUGUUUAUUGGGAGGUUCCAGAAGAGAUGAAUCUACCUGAGAUUUUUACCAAUAACCGUGAUGGGCGCAGAUCUGAAACCAUGAUGUAG